AUGGGCUCUAUGUCAGAAUCUCAAUAUUCAGAUUUCCGCAGUGAAGUGGUGGCUGGCCUCCAAUUUUACACGCCAAAACAGAGAGUGCCAGUCGGCACGGCGAUUCUCGAUCCUAAGAACGGUGUCACCGAGAAGUCCAUUACUCCUGCAUUUCGGCCGAUCUCCAUCCGUGGCCUCACGUUCCAGAAUCGCAUCUGGGUUGCCCCGAUGUGCAUGUAUAGCUGCCAAGAUGGCAUGUUUAGUGACUUUCACGUAGCCCACUACGGACAGUGGGCAAUGAGAGGCUCUGCUUUGAUCCAUUUGGAAGCGACUGCAGUGACAGCCAGAGGCCGCAAUACGCCACAGGAUGCCGGUAUUUGGUCUGACGAUCAUAUUGCUCCUCUAAAGAGAAUUGUCGACCUCAUCCACUCGCAAUCUCAAAAGGUCGCGAUUCAGCUUCAGCACGCCGGCCGCAAAGGCAGCGUCACUCCGCCAUGGCUGGGUCUCCGCCUUGUUCCUGACGAAUUCGAUGGGUACGCCAACCAGGUUCAGGGUCCUACUGCCGAGCCCUGGAACGAGAAUUAUGCAACGCCUGGAGAGAUGUCGGAAGACGAGAUUCUUGAGACCAUCGAAGCCUACGGUCAAGCUGCGCGCAGGGCUGUUGAGGCUGGUGUUGAUGUGAUUGCUGUUCAUGGGGCCCACGGAUAUUUGUUGCAUUCAUUCGCAUCACCUGCGACGAAUAAACGGAGAGACAAAUGGGGCGGAAGCUUUGAGAACCGCACCCGAAUCGGUGUAGAGAUCAUUCGUGCUAUACGACGCAAUAUUCCAGAGAACAUGCCCGUCUUUUGGAAGAUCUCAGCCGUAGACUGGCUACCAAAAGGAGAAGGAUGGGAGCUGGAGGAUACUUUGCGAUACAUCCCUAUACUCGCCGCAGAAGGCGUGGAUCUUUUUGAUGUCUCAAGCGGAGGUACCGACCGGAGACAGCAGGUUCAGCUUGGCCAACAAUAUCAGGUCCCAUUCGCCAAGGCUGUCAAGGAUCUCAAGCUGCCAAACGUAUUCGUGGCUGCUGUUGGCUGGAUUCGAGAUGCCGACACUGUGCAUGAUAUCCUGAGCAAUGGGAAAGCCGACGUGGUGCAUGUCGCACGAGAGUUCCUGCGCGAUCCCAACUUUGUCCAGCGAGUCGCACUCGCGACAGGCACUGAAGUUACCUGGGUUGAUCAGUAUCACCGUGCUCCCAUGAACCGAAAAUAUGUCGAGUCUACGACGACGAUUACAACAGACGCGAAAGUGUCGAAAGAUGUAAUUCGAUCGCAUGAUGAUCAGGUAUCGAACAAGCUAGCUUAG